UUGACAAUCCGGAGUGAAGAUCCGCCACUGAACUUAUAAUACCUACAUGGCACUGGACGUACGCUAGUCCGACUACAGGAACAAAAUUUGAGCCAGACUGAGUGUGACAUAUAUAUUGAUCAGAAGUUCAAUGCCGGGAGUGAUGUCCUUACAAUCCUGCAAUGUUCCGGGGAUCCCCCCUGAUUUACGCAGAGAUGAAACCGUGCACCAAAUAGCAGACUCUUUAGAAUAUCUUGACAAAGUUGCAAAUGAAAUAUUUCAAAGAAUUAAUACCAGGGUAAGUGAUCAUCGUACUCGAUUACAGAAAGUCAAUGACAGGCUAAGUCUAGCCCAGGCCAAAGUGGAUAAAAUCAAGGGAAGUAACAAAGCCACUAAAGUCUUUGCCCCAUCAAAGUAUCCCGCUGCCGCACAUUCUGAGGAACAUCAGAUGUUGUUCCCAACGAGUUCCCCCAAUGGUAUCACUAAUGUGAAACGGCCACAUUACCAUGUACAGCAGAAACACAAGACUCUUGAUGACAAGGCUCUGAAGGAUAAACUACAGUUCUACAUGGUUCACCUGAACAUCAAGAAAAAGGAAGGAGAAAAACAGCAGGAGGGACUUGGGGGACUUCCCAAAUCUGUGGAAUCUGUCAGCUCACUGCUUCUCUUCAACACUUCGGAGAACUUGUAUAAGAAGUAUGUGAUGCUUGAUCCUCUUGGAGUUGUGACAAAGACGCGUACUGCAAUUGAGGAGGAGGAAGAGAUAGCAGAAGCACCCCUCACCAUUGCUCAGCGGGAAGAGCUACAGCGCCAGCAGGCUGAUAGUUAUUUCUAUAUUCCUCACCUUGGGGAUGUACCAGAAAUUGCUGUACCCUCAUCAUUACCUGACCUUCCAGGUGUGGCUGAUGACCUGGUCUACAUUGCCGACACCAUUCCCUCUAUAGCACCAUCUGUGAUGGGAGGAAACAUGCCAGAUCUUCCAUCAGUAGUACCCGAGGCUGAAGUCCCGAAUGUAACAGAUAUGGCCCCAUCCUCAGGAGGCAGUGCCCCUCCACCUCCACCACCAGCUGGACCCCCUCCACCAGCACCACCACCGCCUCCUCCUGGCCCUCCUGCUCCUCCCCCUCCAGGGGCUCCUCCACCACCCCCUCCACCACCCCCUCCUCCCCCUGCAGAUGCCCCUGAAGGGCCUCCAAGUGGGGUUCCCGAAGGGAUACCAGAAGCAGUUGCUAAUGCUGGUGACAGUCGCUCUAAUCUGAUGGACGCCAUAAGAAAGGCAGGUGGGUCAGGCAAAGCAGGGCUGAAGAGUGGAAAAGAUAGAAAGGUGGAGAAAAAGAAAAAACAGAAAGCAGAAAAAGAAGAGACAGGAGGAGGAGGUGGAGGAGGUGACCUUAUGUCUGACCUCUUUAGUAGGCUGCAGAUGAGGCGGAAAGGUAUCUCUGGCGAAAAAACUGCUGGUGGCGACAAGUCUGGCGGUAAUGAUUCCAAAGGAGGUAGUGGUGGUGCCAUGGAUAAGAUAUCUUCAAUGAUCCCACCUCCACCUAAACCACAGGGAGACGACACAGAGGACCAUGAUGACGAUGAGGACUGGGAUGAUUGAGGAGAUAAUACCUAGGAUCAUGAUGAGGAAGAGGACUCGGACGAUAUAGAAGAUGACACAGAAGAUCAUGACGACGAAGAUGACUGGGACAAUUAAGGUCACCCCGCAAUUAAACAUGUGCCACAAAUAAUUCAACAUCUGACAUUCUCACCUCACAAACUCAAUCAAUAGGAUGUUUUUAAAUCUCCCUCAUCAAACAAGCACCUGUUAAAUUUCAGUUUUUUUUUAAGUUCAUUUUUUCAUUGUGUGAAGAAGAAAACCAAAUCAUAUUUAAAAUUAAUGUUAAAGUUAUUUCUAUCAUUCUGGUAUUGACCAUUUUCCCCUUUUUAUCUGAGUACUCGUGCACCCUGUGCAGAAAUUUGAACAACUUUGAGAGAAAUGUGGUUACUUUUGAUGUUUGAUCAGUUAGAGUGACUUUGUAUGAAGAAACAUGUAUUUUAGGUUAAACCAGCAGGUGUAACAGUUGAAUGACUUUUUACAGUAGACCUGUUUACAAUGGGGACCAAAUAAAUCCUAGUCCUACUCUAGACUACUGGGAUGUGAUUAUUUACAGGUUGUUAGAGUGUCUUGCUGGAAUUUGUUUUACCUGCUAAAGUCUCAUUUAAAAGUGUUUGAUUUAUCUUAUGAUUUACAGCAUUAUUUAAAAGGACCUGUAUCUCCACACUGGUUCCACAUUAUACAAGAUAAGGUGAUAAGAUUGUGAUGUGGAAGCAUCGUCCAUUGUGAUGUUAAGUCACUGUGGACCAGAGAAGGAAUUUGACACCUGAACAUGUGGAUCACUGGUGUCUGUGUUAUCAGCAGUCUAUCUACUAUCAUGAUGUAGCUGGGGAGAAGUCAUUUUCCACUGUGAUCUACUAUCAUGAUGUAGCUGGGGAGAAGUCAUUUUCCACUGUGAUCUACUAUCAUGAUGUAGCUGGGGAGAAGUCAUUUUCCACUGUGAUCUACUGUCACGUUGUAGGGAGGAUUUAUUCUCCACUGUGAUGUACUGUCAAGGUGUAGGGUGGAGUCAUUCUCCACUGUGAUGUACUGUCAAGGUGUAGGGUGGAGUCGUUCUCCACUGUGAUGUACUAUCACGGUGUAGGGUGGAGUCAUUCUCCACUGUGAUGUACUGUCACGGUGUAGGGUGGAGUCAUUCUCCACUGUGAUGUACUAUCACAGUGUAGGGUGGAGUCAUUCUCCACUGUGAUGUACUAUCACAGUGUAGGGUGUAGUCAUUCUCCACUGUGAUGUCCCAUGACACUAGAGGAGGGAUACAACGUGUGAUACUGGAACAAGGAUAUCCACAAUCAGUAACGUACUUUUGUAGAUAUUCAUACCAUGAAGAUUUCUAUUGCAAUACGAUCUUAUGAAUCAUAAAUACAACUAGCUGUAUUUCAUAAACCUAGAGAAUCUUCCUACAUAGGGAGAUGUAAUUCCUACACAGGGCGAUGUAAUUCCUACACAGGGAGAUGUAAUUCCUACACAGGGAGAUGUAAUUCCUACACAGGGCCAUGUACUUCCUACACAGGGCGAUGUAAUUCCUACACAGGGAGAUGUAAUUCCUACAUAGGGUAAUGUAAUUACAAAGUGAUGAAAUUUCUCUGUAGGGAGAGGUAAUUCCUACAUUAUUACACAGUAAGUAAGUGAAGUAUCUACAUACAAAGUCAGCUUAAAAGACAUGUAUGUGAUAUGUAAAACAAUCGUUUUUAUUCUAUUGUAUUAUUGCCAAAGUUUAUGAAGAUUAUUAUC